AUGCAGGAGGCCUUCGGGAAGCUUUAUCUGGACGCCCAGCGCCUGCUGCGUUUGGGCCUGGAGGCCGCCGCCCGCCGCUGGAACUUCGACUUCCUCACGGAGGCGCCGGGCGCCGCCGGCAACCCCGAGUGGGAGGAGCUUAGCGCCCGGGACGUGCCGGCGUUCUACCGCAGCCGGGCGGCGCCGGGCGGGGCCCCGGGGGGGGGGGGCGGCGCCCGCCAAGGACGCCAGGCGGACGUCCACCUCGUCGGGCGAGGAAUCGCCCACGUCCGGCAGCUCCUCCGGGGACGAUUAAUCAAGCCGAACUGA